CUUAACCUUUCUCUCCUCUUGCUUAACAUGUUCUACCAGUCUGUCCCACUCUAUAUCCGUCUAUCUCUUGGGUGUGGCUGCCUUAUAAAUUCAGACAGAGCAGAGAGUUGCUUCAGAGGUGGACUCGUCAAGGCAAAAGUUUCAGUGCUAUUAUUCCUGAGAACAAUGGGAGACAGAAACCCAGAUCAAGAGCCUCAGUGCGGUGACAAUAAAGAGUGCGAGAAGGCUAAGGGCAAAGGAAAAGGCCAUGGACCAGAUCAUGGCCAUGGACCAGAUCAUGGCCAUGGACCAGAUCAUGGCCAUAGACCAGAUCAUUGCCAGGGUAAAGGACCUGGACGUGGAAAGGAGGGCAAAGGCAAGCCAUCUGAUUGAAACCAUUACAUGACAUGAAGUUGAAUGAAGAGACCGCUGAAGUCUGUCUGAUGCCGUUUUUUUUUUCUCUUUUCUCAAACAUGACUAAUAAAACAUGUAUCAGUAAGCCACAUAUAUUUGUUUUCAGUUAAGUGAUAAUAAAGUACUGGCAUUAAAGAACAGCUCUUACAA